AAGGUUCGGGUGAUUCAUACAAAUAUUAAUACCAAGCAACCUAAACAGUGAUCACGUCACUGAUAUCAUAAAGUAACGUUCACGUUUCACAACGUGAUCUAGAAAUCACGGUAUUGCUCAUCUCUAAACGCCUUAGCGGUCUAGAAAAAAUGGUGGAAAAGGUUGGAUAUUUGACUGUAGCGAUCAACUCUUUUGGAUUUUUGAAGGAGAUUGGCGAAGCUUCAGAAUACAAUUGACUGAACUGGCACUUUGUGAAAAUUAAAAUUAUUGGGUCUGAUAAUAUUUGAUUGUAUAUAAAACAAAUUUAUUCAACUGAAGAAUACUACAGUCACUUCAUAAAAUGGGCCUUACAUUUUGAAUGAAUCCCAAAAAUCAGAUAAACGGAGAAUGUAGACAACAAGCCGCCAUUUUUAGGCUCAGCCAAUCAAAAACGAGACCACGCGUGUCGCCACUGUGGUUUAUUAAGCCACUGUAUUAUUAGCAACACUGAGCGCCAUCUAUGGAAGAACAGGAAGUUUGGCCAAUCCAUUCUUCGACGUCACGUGACGUGGCCUGCAAUCUAAUCAGUUUACAGUGAGUUAAUGAGUGUAUGCAAGUAUAAAGUCACUAUGAAUCAGUUGACACGUGAGUGUCUUUAGAAUCUAACAGUAGGAAAAGAUAAAUAUAACACAUAACAAAAGAAUAAAAAGCCAUUUUAUUUGUGACGCAGUUGAGUUCUCUGGGAGAUUUCAUUUCAAUAUUCAGUUUGUGAAUAUUCAGUCAACAGCUAAGAUGUCACUACUAGACUGCCCCUUGGACAAUUUCGGCAAUACAAAACUUCACAUAGCGGUGAAAAAUGGCAACACUGAUGAUGUACUGAGCUUAUUACAGGGGGGAGCAAAUGUGAAUAAAAAAAAUUCCAACAAUCUCACCCCCCUACACGUGGCUGUGUCGACAGGACACUAUCAUUUAAUAGAUAGUUUGGUGGAGUACGGAGCAAAUGUCGAAGAACAGGGUCGAGAUAUGUACAGACCGAUCCAUAUGGUGCUCCGUUCUCCAAAUAAGGUCGAAUGCUUGAAAAAAUUGCUCGAACUUGGCGCUGACACAAAUGGAAAAGAGUGCAGCGGAAGCACCUUAUUGCAACUGACCUUGAGGUUUAAAUAUAACGAUGUUGGAUUGGUCGAAAAGCUUCUGGAGUGUGGAAGUGACCCGAACAUUGCUGACAACCUAGGAGAGAACUGUUUGCACACCUUGGCCUACAGCAGUAAAUUCAUGCAGAAGGCAGAUAUCAAAACUGUUUUGGGCUUGUUAUUAACUCGAAUGACGUCUGUUGAUGUUGAAAAUAUCCAAGGAGAAACGCCCUCAUUUAUUGCUUCAAGAAUUGAAAAUGGUGUCCUUGCUGGAUUACUUCUAGAACGAGGGUGUGAUACGUUGUCCAAAUGCAAAGAUGGUGCGACUCCAAUUGAAUUGGCUGUCGAGGGUGGACAGUCGAAGGCGUUUUACGAAAUGUUUUACAACCGAUUAUCAAUGUGGGAAAAAGCUGUUGUGGUGUCUUUACUAUGAACCUUUAUUUCUUUUAAUUCGUUGUCAUUCUUCGUUUAACCAGGAAUGUCUUGUGAUUGAUACAGUAAUAUCAAGAGGUUCAAAACUGAAUUAGUGAUAUUUCAUUUUAGAUGUGUAUACAGGGUGAGUCAAUAUAGCCCAAUCGCUUGAUAACUCUUGGAAAUUUUGGGCUAGGAGAUAAACCAAACCAAAAUCUGCGUAUUUCAUUUUGUCAAAAUUGAAGUUUCCGAAUGUUUUGAUGAUUUCUUUGAUUUGACUUAUUUUCAAUUGAUAUUAUCAGCAGGUAUUAAGUUGAGUUAAUAGCUAUAAUUAAGAGUUUUUUAUAGUUUGGAA